AACAAUGUCACCACUGUUGAGAUUCACAGUCUGAUUCUUGGUGUCUGUUUGUCUAGCAGAGUUAAGCCAACACUGAUCGAGGACCUCGAGCAAAAUUAAUCAGAUAAACUAAAGGAAGAGCUUUGGAGAACAGAGAAGUAUGGAUUCCGUGGGAGUGUCCGUGAUAAAAAAAGCAGCAUUGGGGAGAUCCUUCCAGUUGGGCAUGCUGUAUGACUGCAGAAGAGAUGCAUUAAUACCAGGGAUCAGGCCUUGGAAAAAAGAGGAGAUAGAGAAGAAUAAGUCCUCUCGUCCCCAAAUUAAUACACAAUUCAAUGUCACUGCUUCAGACUCCAUUCAAGACAAAUCGAAAUUACUAGAUAUUAAUGGUGAGAUGAGCCUGAGUAUUUUAGGUGGACUCAUCGAGGUUAGUGGAGCAGCAAAGUAUCUCAAUGACAACAAGAAAUCUUUCAUACAGCAGAGACUGACGCUACAUUAUAAGUCAACCUGUGAAUUUAAAGAACUGAUCAUUAACCAUUUGCCUAGCAUUCAAAAUAUGCCAGACAAUUAUAAUGAUACAGCUACACAUGUAGUGACAGGAGUGCUGUACGGAGCAAAUGCCUACUUCAUUUUUGACAGAAAAGUUUCAAUAGAUGAGGACAUGACUACUGUGAAUGGAGAAUUAAAAGUGGCCAUUGAGAAACUGAAGGGUCUUUCAGUGAGUGGAAAGGUUGGUGUGAAGAUGAAUGAAAAUCAGAAAAACGAGGUCAAAAAUUUCACAUGUACAUUUUAUGGCGACUUCCAGCUACCGUCUAACCCGACCUCUUUUGAAGAUGCAUGGAAUGUUUUUGCUGAUCUUCCAAAACUUCUGAAAGGAAACCAAGAGCUGGCAGUUCCUCUGAAGGUUUGGCUUUAUCCUCUGGACAAACUUCACUCAAGAGCUUCAAAUAUUCAUAAAGACAUCAACAUGAAUCUAAUCACACAGAUCGAAUCAGUGAUUGAGAGUUUAAAUACAACUGAGAUGAAAUGCAGUGACCUAAUGGAAGACUCUCCCGCUCAGACAUUUGCUGCAUUUCAUGAUCAAAUUCAGCAAAUGAAAAACAACUGCUACACGUACAAGUUGAGACUCACGAAGACACUCGGCUCUCUGCUGCCAAACAUCCGUGGAGACGUGAUGAAGGAAACUGCACUGAAUGAUCUUCUACAAGACCAUGAUAAAUCUCCAUUUAGAGAAAGUAAUCUUGCAGAAUGGCUGAAAGAGAGAGAAAGAGAGUCUGAAGUCAUUAAAUCAAUCCUCCGACGGCUGAAGGAUGCUGGUGCAAAGGUAGAGCUCAAUGCAGAUGCUAUCUGGAUGGGCCUGGAAGACGGAAAUCUGGUGAGUUACACAUUCACAUCAUUGGACUGCUCAGACGUGCUUCUUUCUGAACAAACUGCCUAUCUGAGUUCUUCAAAACAAGGAGAAACUGCUAAGAAGAGCCCCGGUUCAAAGCAAAAGUCUUGGCUCACUUCAGUAAAUAAAAAGAUCAUGAAGAGAAACUUGAAGAUAUUUGAGAAUUUGAUCAAUUCAAAGGAAAGGUGUAAAGAAGACAGAUUCAUUGUGUCCUCAAAGGAAAUGGAGAAUCAUCCUGGAUCCUGCAUUAUUCUGUACAAAAGUGAGUGCGAUGAAGCUGUUUGCUUUACUCCUCCAUCCACACCAGCCUGUCCAAUCACUGAAGAGGUCAAAGGUCAGAGUGUGGUUCUGAAGGUUCCUCCACCAUGUCCUGCUACAGAGGAGCUCAGAUUACUGUAUAAACCGAAGCAGGACACAGUCUGGGCAUCUGAACCUGUGCUGAGGGAUCAAGACACAGUUACUCUGACUGAUCUGAGACCAGGAACUGAGUAUGACAUCAAGUGUGCAGCGGUGGGGAAACUCAACUAUACCGUAGACAGUGACGUAAUCAACGUUACCACAGAGAAAAGUUCAAGGAACAGAGCAGUUACAGCAGGUGUAGCAAACAGUGAUGUGAGGAUUGUUUUGCUGGGAAAGACAGGUGUUGGGAAAAGUGCAACGGGAAACACCAUCUUGAGACGAGAAGCUUUUAAAUCAAUCCUGACUUCACGCUCUGUGAAAGAAACAACCGAUUUUAACGGGAGACAUAUCUCUGUGAUCGACACUCCAGGCCUGUAUGAUACUGGAGCUGAUAAUGUUGAGAUCAGGAAGGAGAUUGUGAUGUGCGUCUCAAUGGCGGCACCCGGUCCACAUGUGUUUCUGCUGGUGAUUCAACUGGGACGAUUCACUCAAGAGGAGAAAGACACAGUUAAGAUGAUCCAGGAGUCUUUUGGUGAUGAAUCCAGAAUGUACACCAUGGUGCUGUUCACCAGAGGAGAUGACCUUAGAGGAAGAAGAAUGGAAGAUUUCAUUGAAGAUGAUGAUAGUUUAAAGAGCCUCAUCCAGCAGUGUGGUCACAGAUACCAUGUGUUCAAUAACAACAAGACUAAAGAUCAGACACAGGUUUCUGAGCUGCUGGAUAAGAUUGAUUGUAUGGUGGCAGGAAAUGGAGGGAGUUUCUACACCAAUGAGAUGUUCCAGCUGGUGGAGAAGAACAUCAGAGAGAGACAAAAGAUAAUAAUAAAGAAAAAAGAAGAAGUGAUCAAGAGAAUAGAAGAAGUGCUGAGAGCCAAAUAUGAAACAGAAAUAGAAGGGAAGAAGAAAGAUGAAGAGAGAGAAAGACAAGAGAUUCAGAAUGAACUGAGAAAAAGAAAAGAGGAGUUUAAAAACAAAGAAGAAAAGAUCAAGAAACAAACAGAUGAGGCGAUACAAAAAGAGAUGAAGAGAAAACUGGAGAUGAAACAGAGACAACUUGAAGAGGAGAUUAAACAAAAAGAAAAAUCUCUAGGAGAACAACAACAGGCCUUUAUGAAAUGCAUGGAAGAGAAACAUGAGGAAGAAAAUCAAAACCUGCAGGAACGAAUUCAAAGAGAAACAAGAGAACAAUCAGAGCAUGAAUAUAAUGAAAAUCUUGAUAGACGAGUGGCUAAAGCUUUAAAAGAAGCUGAGGAAAAACAUGAAACCGAAAAGGCUCACGCUUUAAAAGAAGCCGAAGAAAAACAUGAAUCCGAAAAGGCUCAUGCUUUAAAAAGAGCUGAAGAAAGACACAAGAAAAAAGUGGAUGAAGUUUUACAAGAUGCAGAAAAAAAACACAAGAAAUUACUUUGUGAAGUCUAUAAAGUUGCUGAAGAAAAAUCCAGGGCUAAAGCUUUAAAAGAAGCUGAAGAAAAAUUCAUGACAGAAAAGGCUAAAGCUUUAAAACAAGCUGAAGAAUAUUUCAAGAUGGAAAAAGCUAAUGCUUUAAAAGAAGCUGAUAGAAAAUACAAGAAAGAAAAGGCUGAGGCUGAAGCAAACGAAUCAUACAGAUCAAAACGAGCUGGUUCCUGGGGUCACUAUGUUCCUUUUUUUGGAGCAGCUGCUGGAAGUUUAGUUGGUACUUUUGAAGAUAUAGUGUAUUAAUAACAAAUAAUGCUCUCAAUGUCAAGCUCAAAAUCUGAGGAGUGAAUUCAAGCAUAUUGGGACUAAAUUUUAUUCAAUGCAAUAUUAUAACUAAUAUAAUACUAUGAGUUAUGAUGUUUUGGUUUUAGUUGGACAAAAUUUCUUAGUGACUUAGGAGCCAACCUCUUGAUGACGAUAUGGGCUUACUUGACAGCCAAAUGGUCUCUAUGGUGUUUGCUUAGGCUCUGAUUAUAAUCGAGUCAAAAUAAUUCCAACAAAGUUUAAGCAGAUUGUUUUUCAAAAAGACCAGACUCUGUUUUCCCUUCUGUUGUUUUUGUGUUUUCGCAGAUCGAUGUCUGUGAUCUUUAAGAAAUUUGCUGAGAGGUUGCAUUAUUAAACCUACUCUGUUUCGGCAAACAGGCCAAGAAACGGAACUGCUAUCUUCAACUUCAAGAUGGUUCUUAUGGAAAGUUAAGUUAAGUUAGACAGACACCAACUGUUUUCCACUUAUGUUUUUUGACCACCAUGUAUGACAUGCAUGAAUAUGCAUAUUUCCAUUAUAUUUUGUAAUUUUUUCCUUGUGGUUGUAAAGAGGCCCAGAAAAGGGUUUUUUUCUGGUCCCUACAUCUCAGGUCAAUAUAUCAUUGACAUCAAAUUGACAUUUAUAUUUUCACUUCAAUAUGACUUUCAUAUUUGACCUAUUUUGUGACGUCAUUUUGACAUCAUUUGACAUUUUGUUUGAUGUCAUAUUGAUGUUAAAUUCAUAUUAAUAAAUUCGUAAAUUCAUAAAUUCACACAUCAAAUGCCCACUGGAAGACCAAUUUGUCUAAGACUAUUGUGACGCCAAUCUUUGACUUUACCCGUAUUUUAGAAGUUGCAGUUUCAGGGCUGUUUAUCAUCUUUUGUACAUUAGUUUACAGCUUUGUCAGAUCUUAACAGCUGUAAAACAACAGUUUGAGACACAUUCCCCUGAACAAACGCCGGUAUGCGGUAUGACAGAAGAUACCUGUUCUUUCCUUUAAAAGGACAUGUAGAAAGUAUGUUUCCAUACUUUCAAAGUUUGAUAAGGAUUAUGAAAGUUUGCUUGCGUCCAGUAAAUUUCUGUUUGCAUAUAUGAUUAAAAGGGGGUAAUGAAGGAGCUAAUAAUUAUUUCUGGCAACCUGUGUGUGUGUGUAGCUUCAAGAGAGUGACCAUUUAUGUUGUGGUACAUCUUUUUAUUCAUUUAUAAUCAUUUAUCAUUUAAUUAUACCAUUUAAUCGUAUAAUCAUUUUCAAUAACCAUUUAACCAUUUAUGUACUCAUUUAUCUGAUUCAUUUAUCGUUUACUGUUAAAAAAAAAGUUAAAUUUAAGGUAAAAUACCUGUGGUUGUCAGGAUUUUACUGUAAAAAAAAUAUGGUGGGACCUUUUAUGUUUUACGGGACAUAAAUUUACGGGCAAAAAAAAAAAAAAAAAAAAAAAAACACAAUGAAAAGAAAGCUUCUAGAGAGCGACCAUUUAUGUUGUGGUACAUCUUUGUAUUCAUUUAUAAUCAUUUAUCAUUUAAUUAUACCAUUCAAUCAUAUAAUCUUUUUCAAUAACCAUUUAACCAUUUAUGUACUCAUUUAACUGAUUCAUUUAUCGUUCACUGUUAAAAAAAGUUACAUUUAAGGUAAAAUACCUGUGGUCGCCAGUAUUUUACUGUAAAAAAAUAUGGUGGGAACCUUUUAUGUUUUACGGGACAUAAUUUACGGGCAAAAAAAAAAAAAAAAAACACAAUGAAAAGAAUGCUUCUAGAGCGACCAUUUAUGUUGUGGUACAUCUUUUUAUUCAUUUAUAGUCAUUUAUCAUUUAAUUAUACCAUUCAAUCAUAUAAACAUUUUCAAUAACCGUUUAACCAUUUGUGUACUCAUUUAUCUGAUUCAUUUAUCGUUCACUGUUAAAAAAAGUAAAAUUUAAGGUAAAAUACCUGUGGUUGCCAGUAUUUUACUGUAAAAAAAUAUGGUGGGAACCUUUUAUGUUUUACAGGACAUAAAUUUACGGGCAAAAAAAAAAAACACAAUGAAAAGAAAGCUUCUAGAGAGCGACCAUUUAUGUUGUGGUACAUCUUUUUAUUCAUUUAUAAUAAUUUAUCAUUUAAUUAUACCAUUUAAUCAUAUAAUCUUUUUCAAUAACCAUUUAACCAUUUAUGUACUCAUUUAACUGAUUCGUUUAUCGUUCACUGUUAAAAAAUGUUAAAUUUAAGGUAAAAUACCUGUGGUUGCCAGUAUUUUACUGUAAAAAAAAAAAUAUGGUGGGAACCUUUUAUGUUUUACGGGGCAUAAAUUUACGUGCAAAAAAAAAAAAAAAAAAAAAAAAAACACAAAGUAAAGAAAGCUUCUAGAGAGCGACCAUUUAUGUUGUGGUACAUCUUUUUAUUCAUUUAUAAUCAUUUAUCAUUUAAUUAUACGAUUCAAUCAUAUAAUCAUUUUCAAUAACCAUUUAUGUACUCAUUUAACUGAUUCAUUUAUCGUUCACUGUUAAAAAAAAGUUAAAUUUAAGGUAAAAUACCUGCCAGUAUACUGGUUGCCAGUUUUUUACUGUAAAAAAUAUGGUGGGAACCUUUUAUGUUUUACUGGACAUAAAUUCACGGGUGAAAAAAAAAACACAAUGUAAAGAAAACCUGUGAAAUUUACGGUAACAAAACAUCAGUUUGACUGCCGUUGUUCUGUUGAUUUUUG